AUGUCAGACCUCCAAGCCGACAACAUCCCAAUUGUAGACUUCUCUCGCUUCGAAACUGAUCUCGCUAGUCUUGCUCAAGAAAUUAAGACGAUCUGCUCAGCAUGGGGAUUCCUUUACCUCAAGAACCACGGACUGGAACAAAGCAAGAUCGACAACAUGUUCCGGAUAAGCGAGACGUUCUUCCGAGGGACGUCUCGCGAGGAGAAAGCCACAACACCUUGGAACAGCAUCUACAAUGCCGGGUACGACGCGAAAACGGGGACUGAGGGCUACUUCUCCGAGAAUGGCGCGAAUGAGUCCAUGUCUGCCGAAGACAACAAGGAAGUGUUCGUGAUUCGCAAGCAGAAGUCCUAUGACCAGCCUAUGCCCCCGUCACUGCGAAAGUUCAAUCCUGAGAUCCAAUCGUUCAUGGCCGAGACACAUGAAAAGAUCGCCGUGCCGUUGCUUGCGUGCUUGGGGACGGGGCUCGGGCUGACGAAAGAUAGACUACCUAACAUGCACCAGCAUGAAAGCCCCACGAUGACCACGUUACGACUCAUUCAUUACCCAGCCCUUCGGGGGAGCGACAGCGCUCCCAUUCGACUCCCUUCGCACACCGACCAGGGCGUGAUCACGAUCUUAUUCCAGAACCAGAUCGGCGGACUCCAAGUUCGUCCGCCAAAGUACACGGGGCCGAUCCAGGACGAUGAGGAAUGGCUCGACGCGCCGGUCAUCCCUGGCGCCGUGCUCAUCAAUAUCGGUGAGACAAUGACGUUCUUCUCAGGUGGCUUGAUGAAGAGCACGCUACAUCGUGUUGCGAAAAGCCCACGUCGGGAGGAUCAGGGGAAAGACAGGUUCUCCAUGGCGUACUUCUGCCACCCGAACCAGGACACCCUGCUUGAGGUCAUAGAGGGUAUUGAAGGCGGAUUAAAGAGGGACCCUCCUAUCUCCUGUGUCACUGGCAGACAAGUGAGGACCGUCAAAGAUUGGAUCGAGCACCGCCAUUCUAUGGGACGUCUGGAAGCUGCUAAAUGA